CUCGUCCAAACAUUCAUACUUGUUCCAUCAGCCCCAAUUUUUUGUCAAAAUGAUGAAAAUCACGGUUUUCGCUCUAGCCGUUGUUGCGUUAGUUAGCGCGUUGCCCCAAGACCCGUCGCAGGCGCAAGCACAGCCUCCUGUACAAAUUCUCAAGCAAGAAUCUGAAGUCGAUGUUAAUGGAUACAACUUUGAGUUCGAGACCAGUGAUGGAACAUCUAGACAAGAGCAAGGCGAAUACAAGAACGACACUGACCAGCAAGGUCUCUCCGUGAAGGGAAGCUACAAAUACAUCGCUCCUGACGGACAGCAGAUAUCCGUGACAUUCGUAGCCGACAAAAAUGGAUAUCAACCCUCUGAAAGCGCUGGAGACAAUCAGCCUGCUGCUCCAGCCCAGGCUUAAGCCAGAAUUUAUGUUACUGCUGAAGACCAAAUACUAUUAUAAUUAAAAUACUUUAAAGUUGAUAGCACCCAGACAAAUACAAGUUCACGCACCGGCACAUCAGAGUAGGAUACUGUAAAGAGGAAUUUACAUUACGAAAUUACUUUCAUGCAUGUUGAGAUUAAUGACACUAAUUUUAUGCCACUAAAUUCGUAAUGUAAACUCGUCUUAAGUGUAUAACCAAGUGUACUAUGUAUAGGUAAUAAUACAAGGAAAUAUAAGGAAAAGAUACUCGAUGGC